GAAAGCAAAACUCUUUCUUUUCUUAAGCUCAAAUCUUUUUGAAAUUCUUCCAUGAAAUUCUUCCAUGAAAUUCUUCAUAACCACUAACUUUAAUCAGAACUUCUGAAGGAUAGUAGAAUCAGUUUGUUAUUUCUACCUCAAUUUUUUCCUUCUAAGAAAAAACUAAGAAAUGGUUGAAAAUCUAGAAAAGGAAGAAAGGUUCAAACUGUUAGAAGCUGAGCUAGAAUCAUAUGGGAAGAAUCCAUUACCAUCAACAAACUCUUGUAUUUAUAGAGUUCCAAAAAAGCUUAGAAGAGUCAAAGAAGAAGCAUAUAUACCUGAGAUAAUCUCAAUUGGUCCAUAUCACCAAGGAAAUCCAAUUCUUUCAUCCAUGGAAGAUAACAAAAAAUGGUAUUUUCAAGCUUUUGUUUCUCGUAAAUUAUCGCCAUCAUCAGAAUUAAAUUUAAAAGAUUUAAUCAAAGCCAUCGAAAAUAUUGAAACCGUAGUUCGCGAAUAUUACUUCGAAAAACUUGAUGAGAGGUUCACUGGUGACGAAUUUGUUAAAAUGAUGUUAAUUGAUGGUUGCUUUAUCCUUGAAUUACUUCAUAGAGCUGGUGAUGAAAGUGGAAGAAAUGAUAAUGAUCCAAUAUUUAAUACUGCUUGGAUGCUUUUCAGUUUACAACAUGAUUUGAUUCUACUUGAGAAUCAAAUUCCUUUUCUUGUUCUCCAGACUAUUUUUAGUUUAACUAGUAGAGAUAUUGAACAAGGCGAAAGAACACUUACGGAACUUGUGGUUCGGUUCUUUGCUGCUAUGUUGCCUACAAUUCAAGUUGUUCAGCAAACAAGGCCGAAUUAUGUCCUGACAAAACCCAAGCAUAUACUGGAUUUGUUGCGUAAUAUUCUAUUGCCUUCGGCGAGGCAAAUGGAAAUUGCAGGACGGUAUCCUGUCUGGGAAUUCACUCAUUGUGUGACUGAUCUUUGGGAAGCUGGAGUGGACUUCAAGAGAAAAGAAAAAGCUGAUGGUUUGCUGGAUAUCCAGUUCAAUGGUAAAGAGGGGAUUUUUGAGAUCCCUCCGUUCUUUUUCGAUGAGAGUACAGAUGUUCUUCUGAGGAAUUUGAUAGCAAUGGAGCAGUCUGAAGGGAAUUCUACACGUCAGAUAACGUCUUAUGUGUUACUGCUUGAUAUCUUAAUGAACUCUGAGAAAGAUGUGAAGUUACUUGGGCAUAAAAAGAUAAUUCAUAGUUACUUAGGAGACGACGAGGAGAUGGCAGUUGUGAUUAACAGUUUAUGUAAAGGAGUUAGCAUUACUAAAUUCUACUAUGAUGGACUUUGCCAUAGAUGCAAUGAAUACUUUGAAAGAGAUUGGCAUAAAUGGAGAGCUGUUUUAAAGCGUGAUUACUUCAACACUCCAUGGGCAGUUCUUUCAUUUAGUGGUGCUGUUUUGUUACUGUUCCUCACUUUAAUUCAAACAAUUCUUGCCAUCCUUUCCUAUGCCUCACCUAAAAAAGCAAGCUAGUUUUUGAUCAGCGGGAAAGCUGAGAAAUGUACCAUCUUCUGUGAUCAAUGACAAUCAAUUUUCGGAGUCGAUACCAAUCUGCAUUGCAUCAAAUCUAGCAAUCUCGAUCGCAAAUGCUUGCUCAUGUCCGUCAUGUGCCUCGUCAUGCUUGUGGCCCAAAGUCGGUUCUCGACAUUGGUUUCCACCUUC